UCCCGUGCCAUGGCUUCGGCGCUGAGCUAUGUCUCCAAGUUCAAGUCCUUCGCGAUCUUGUUCGUCAGCCCGCUCCUGCUGCUGCCACUCAUCAUUCUGAUACCCGCCAAGUUUGUCAGGUGUGCCUACGUCAUCAUCAUCAUGGCCAUUUACUGGUGUACGGAUGUCAUCCCGGUGGCUGUCACCUCCCUCAUGCCUGUUUUACUCUUUCCACUCUUUCAGAUAAUGGACUCCAAAGAGGUUUGUGUGCAGUACAUGAAGGACACCAACAUGCUGUUCCUGGGCAGCCUCAUCGUGGCGGUGGCUGUGGAGCGCUGGAACCUGCACAAGAGGAUCGCGCUGCGCACGCUGCUUUGGGUGGGAGCCAAGCCCGCGCGGCUGAUGCUGGGCUUCAUGGUGGUCACAGCCUUCCUGUCCAUGUGGAUCAGCAACACGGCCACCACGGCCAUGAUGGUGCCCAUUGUAGAGGCUGUGCUGCAGCAGAUGGAAGCCACAAAUGUAUCCUCUGAGGCCAGCCUGAGGGUACUGGAGCUGGUGGACAAGGGCAAGGCUGGACAGUUGCCGGAGAACCAAGUGAGUUUUGAAGACCCCACCAUGGAGAAGCAGGAGGACCGGGUCAGGAAGAACAUGUGCAAGGCUAUGAACCUGUGCGUGUGCUAUGCAGCCAGCAUUGGGGGCACAGCCACCCUGACUGGGACAGGACCCAACGUGGUGCUCCUGGGCCAGAUGAAUGAGCUGUUUCCUGACAGUAAGGAUCUGGUGAACUUUGCUUCCUGGUUUGGAUUUGCAUUCCCCAACAUGCUGCUGAUGCUCUUCCUCUCCUGGCUGUGGCUCCAGUGCAUUUAUAUGAGAUUCAAUUUUAAGAAAUCCUGCGGUUGUGGGAUACGCAACAGGAAUAAGGAGAAGGCUGCCUAUGAAGUGCUACAAGCAGAGUACAGGAAGCUGGGCCCCUUGUCCUUCGCUGAGGUCAACGUCCUAGUCUGCUUCCUCUUGUUGAUCGGCCUGUGGUUCUCCCGUGACCCUGGCUUCAUGCCAGGCUGGGUGUCCAUUGCCUGGAAGGAGGAUAAGAAAAUGUAUGCCACUGAUGCCACUGUGGCCAUCUUUGUGGCCAUCUUGCUAUUCAUUGUACCUUCACAGAAGCCCAAGUUCAACUUUGGCAGCCAGACUGAGGAAGAAAUGAAAACUCCAUUUUAUCCCCCGGCACUGCUGGAUUGGAAGGUGACGCAGGAAAAAGUGCCCUGGGGCAUUGUGCUGCUCCUCGGGGGUGGAUUUGCCCUGGCUAAAGGAUGUGAGGCCUCAGGGCUCUCUGAGUGGAUGGGGAGGCAGAUGCAGCCCUUGAGCAGUGUGUCCCCUGCAGCCAUUACCUUGAUCUUAUCCUUGCUUAUUGCUGUGUCCACUGAAUGCACAAGCAAUGUGGCCACCACCACCCUGUUUUUGCCCAUCUUUGCCUCCAUGUCUCGUUCCAUCGGCCUCAAUCCGCUGUACGUCAUGCUCCCCUGUACGCUGAGUGCAUCCUUUGCCUUCAUGUUGCCCGUGGCCACCCCGCCUAACGCCAUCGUGUUUGCCUACGGACACCUCAAAGUUUCUGACAUGGUGAAAACAGGACUAAUGAUGAAUGUAAUUGGAGUCUUGUGUGUGUUUUUGUCUGUCAACACCUGGGGACGGGCCAUAUUUGACUUGGAUCAUUUCCCUGAAUGGGCUAACAUGACACAAAUUAAGACUUAGGAAGAGCCACAAGACCAUGCACACAGCCUACACCCUCCUGAGGACUCCAAGAUUUCCAGUACACCUUACAAAGUGCUUUGGGGCUCGCACCCCAGAGAUACUCAAUCAUGACCACACCCCUCCAAGACUCAGCCAAGGGGUCACUUCUUCCUUCAGGGCUAGAGUCAGAGAUGGUGAUGGGCAGGCUCAGAAGUGAAGAGAUCAUCUCAAGAGGAAUGGAAUCCAUUUUCCUGGGGACUGGAAGGCGGGAGAGGAACCAGGACACAGGCUUUUGUACCAUGAGGCCUUGGGCAGGCCCCAUGCUGGCCCAUACUGGACAUUGGUUCUUACCUGCUUAGUCCCAGGUACUCCACAUGCAUAUUAGAGAUAACUACCUGGCAGUGCCUGUAUCUCUGGCUGCCUCAGAUCUGUCACUCUGAAGGGGACUACUCAGCCAGGAUAGGACAUCUGUUCUCAGGCAACCCUCCACUGCUGGGAUGACAGCACCUUCGGGAGACUCUCCACCCUCCUCAUGAUGACUCCUGCUUCCCUUCCCACAGCUCACUCCUGGCUGAUCAACACCCCUUUCCCAACUCUCUAGUGACCCUCCUUUCAACUGCUCAGUCUUUUUGCUGUCUGGGACAGCAGCUGUUGAAAUCCCCAGGGUCCCCUCUUCUCUCCCAACAAGUUUAGCUCUUUGGGGAAAUACCUUUGCCCCAGUUCUGGACAGCUGGGGUCACACUCCGAGUAUGGGUGCCAUGGCUCUUUGGUGGUCACAGUGGAGUACCAAGGUCUUCCUCACCGAUAGGCUCAGAGUGGCUCCAGUGGCUGGGCCACGUCAGAAUUUAGCUGUCCAUCUGGACUUUCAGCUCUGCUGGUAAAUCUCCCCCUGUGUUGACUGGCCAGAGCUCUGGCAGCCAGCUAGAGCAUCAUUGAGAAUGAGAAGUGUUUGGUGGCCCCUAAACCACACUGCCUACCUGGUGGGUGAAUCUACCUGAAUUUUCAGAUAGUAACCACAGAGUAGCAUAGAAACUCUGAAGCUCUCAUGAGAAUGGGAGACAUGAGAGGCAACUGCUCUCCUGUUCAAUUUCUUUCUCUUUCUUUUCUUUUUCCUUCCUUUCUCCCUUACUUUUUUCCUUCCUUCUUUCCUUUUAUCUUCCUUUUCUCCCUUCCUUUUUAAUCCUUCCUUCCUUCCUUCCUUUCCUUCCUUUCUUCCUUUUGUCCUUCCUUAUAUUACUCUGGGAGAGAGUUGGUGGCAGAGAUGAGGUCCAUGGAAAAAUUUUUCAGGGGAGAAAGUAUGGGAACCUAAUGAAAGCCCAUCAAAGACCAAAUGUGUAUCUAAUUCCUUGGGAGGGCAGAUUCCUGACCAUACAGUUGAAGUUUUGCCCUCAUUAUGCUCUGUCUCCCAUGGAAAUUUCCAGCAGGCUGACUUGUCACUGGUUUUCUGCUAGGGGGUGGGCAGCAGGAAGGUGCAUGAAUGAACAGUUAUUCUCUGUAACUGUAGCACCUCCUUGGUGCUAGGCCUUUUUGUAUCUGGAGAAUCCACUAGUUAUCUUAUUGGAUCUUUGCUGCAACCCUGUGAGACAGGAAGUAGUUAUCUUGUCACUGAAGAAAACUAAGGUUCAGAAUGGCCAAGGGAUAUGUCUUAUCCUGUUACACAUCAAAUCAGCAACAGUUAUGUUGCAACCUCUGAGGGUAGAUCAACAAAAAUUGAUAUGGCACCAUGCCCAUUGCUUCUUCCUUUAAUCAUCAAGAGCUUUGACUGAUACAUGUACAGAAAGAUGGCUAGUCCAAGGGCCUGCCUGCAGAGUACUGAACAUGAAUCUCUUCCAACUGUCUCUUCCAAGAUGUGUUCAGGGCAGUGCUGAAUUAGACUGAGCUGGUCCUUUCCCUAGAACAAAAGCAUAAAGAUGAGGCUUCGAUUUCCUCUGGAUAUACAGCCAGCAAGAGGCCAUGAUGAAUGUGACUGCUAAGUAACUGACCCAUGUUGUCAGAGGCACACACUUGAUGGUAGUGGGUAAGGUCAGUGAAGAGCAUCCUAAGUGGGCAUUGAAAGAUGAGUAAAAUGAGCAGGUGUGAGGGAAGGGUUGGCAGGGUGGGCAGAGGCCUCUACCAGGCACCAUUUAGUAGAGGAAUUAUGAGGUUAGGUAGAAGUCUCAGAAAGGCAGAGCCCAUAUCUGAUGAGAUGGAGUAAAGGCUAUUCCUACAUAUGCUUCUUGCAUCCUGGAAUUGUACUCACAUUUAUGACCUAUGGUAAUGAGAAAUGCUUUUGACUGCAUAUAAGAGAAAACACAGCACAGAGUGGCUUAAACCAUAGAGUUAUUUAGUGUUUCCUUUACAGAAAUCUAGAAGUACAUUGUAUGGUAGCUCACUUAAGCCACCAAAGACUUGGGCUCUAGUCUACUGUCAUCUUCAGGGAUCACAUUUUCACCCUCAUGCUGGAUUCUAGGUUUAACAUACAUCUUUCUUUAAGACAGAAGGAAAAGGGUUCAGGGUUGGGCCUGACUAUGUCAAAGGACAUCUUCCCCUUUCAUUAGAAAAAUACAACCUUCCUCAGAAGCCCCAAGCAGACUCCUCUCUACCCCUUCUUGGCAAGGGCCAGAUCACACACCCACAUUGUAAACAAUCAUUGACAAGGAAAGGUGGAAUACCAUAGGAUGAAUUGACUCAUUUCCUGGAGUUACAGGAUUGGUUUUUGUUUUGUCAAAUCAAGGGAUUUCCCCAUUCUGUCAGGGGUGUGGUAGGGGAAAGCUGCUGGGUAGGUGAUGGGAAGUAUCUGGUGUUCUCACUCUAAGGCCAGUUGAGUGACUCCUUUUCAGUGGAAUUCAGGAGGAGCAUGUUGCUAACUAGCAAGAGAGCAUGAGUCUGGUUAAAAGCUUCAGCAACGCCUGUACUCCAAAAGGCCAGGCCACCUCUGAGGGUAGACCAAGCUCACUGCUAACAUCUGAUGCCAAACAAGACAUUCUAUUCUCUUGGCUUCUAAGGGACUUUUCCCAGAGUCACUCCUCCCCCCACUGCAGUUGACCUUACGCUUGCACCAGACAGUCCUUUUCCUGCCCCAUCCCCAUCAACCAGGCAGUCUCAGCUCAUAGCCUGUUGCAUGCACCCACUUUCUGCUAUCAUCCAAGGCUCAGCCACUCGCAGAAGGCUAUCUCAGGCCCAUCCCCAUCUAUGUUUUACCUCUAACAUUUUGUAAAGAGGUUCUAACCUUGGCCCCCAAACUCCAUCUUCUUAGUGUUUGAAGUAGACAUUAGGACCUAAGGUUAGCUGAACAUGUGAUGAUUCUGACUAGGGUUGCUCUUUUAAUAUUUUUCUCAGGGACUAUGAUUCUAUAAAGAUUAUUGCAAAGCCCCAGCCUCCUGGCUCCUUGCCAUCUGAUCCCCAAAUCAGGAACUCCCGAGGGCAGGCUGAGGUCUUCCUCGAGCUAGCACCUGGACAUCCAUCUCUGGCAGGGCUGAUGAACAGGGCCUCAGCCUGGUAAAGGUGGAAUCUUCUCUCUUUUAAAAACCACUUGUAUACUAUCUGGGAGCUUUUUCUCCGGGUUCCAAACAGGACAUUAGAGACUGGGGAUUUGGCUCAGCAGUAGAAUGCUUGCCUAGCAAGCUAGAAGCCCUGGGUUUGGUCCUCAGCUCCAAAACCAAACCAAACCAAAACAAAAUAAAAUAAACCUCCUAAAUAGGACCUUAACCCACAAUCACACAGUACAGUCCUUGAAAUGAGUAAGAAUGGUCUUGGUAAGACCCUUAAUGGCAUGGUCUUGAUUGGUAAAAAUAAAGACCAAACACUGGAUUAUCUGGUUAAAUAAUGACAUCUCAUUGUCUCAUUUUUAGUGCAGAAUACCUCCUUCCAGGCAGUAUUCACCUAGUCCUACAGUCUCUUAAAAGCUUUAUUUCUCAACCUACAAGGGAAACAUAAUGUCUUCACAUUAAAAAAAGUUUCGCCCAGAUGAAUCUUGCACUUUGUGAGAUAAGCUUUGACAUUAUGCAACCAGAAGUUUGUUUCCGGGUGAAAUCUUUUCAGUCAAAUUUUUAGUCUGAAUUUUACUUGUAUCCUGAGCCAGGACUCAGGAACUCAUUUCCUUGCUCCAGCAACAUCUUCCACAUGAUUUCCUGAUAUGCUGUCAAAGUGCACACUUCUACCUACAGAGCCACAGCCGCGCCCUGCUGGCAGCAUACCCGAUUCCAGCUCUCAAGGGUAGAAGAAUAUUAAAAUCUCAGAACAUGUUUUUAUCCAAUCAAGAAUUUUAAACUAUACUUAAUGAUAAAAAUUUAAUAUGAACACAGUACCAGAAGUUCCAACAAAUACAAGUAGUAUUGAGAUGUAUCCCUCCCAUCUCCAACUUUGAGUUCCCCAUAUCCCUUCCAGAAAGACAACCAAGGUCAAUAGUUUCUUACACAUCCUCCUAGAGACAGUACAUACGUAAGGAUUAGGUAAAGGUAUAUGUUCCCUUUAUUACAUAAAGAAGCAUACUCUGUGUAUGCUUCUUAUUUCUGUGCAUACUCUUUUAGCUUCUGUCCCUCUACGCUGAUCUUAAAUAUUUGUUUGGAGAUCAUUCUAUUUCAAGACAUUAAGCUGGGCUAGUAUCUUUUCCCAUCAAUAGUUAAUUUUGUCUUUAAGUUGGAAAAAAGUUAAAUUCAGGGAAUAGCAUAGACCUUAAGUGUACAAUCCAACGAUUUUGACAAAUAUGUAUACCAUGUAAUUAAUACCCCAAUUCUGUCACUCUCUUCCAGAAUUCUUCCUGCCCCUUCCAGUAAUGUUUCUCUUUUGGGCAAGCAGGGUCUGAUUUCUGUCAGCAUAGACUGGCUUUGUCAAGUUGAAGUUUAUAGAUACAGAAUCACACAACACAUACUUUUAUAUGUCCAAUUUUUCUUACCCAAUAGUUCUGAAGUUCAUUUCUGUAGCUAUAUCUUACCAUUCCUUUUAUUGUUGUUGCUACGUAGUAUUCCAUUGCAUGAACAUAACGCAAUUUGUCUGUCCUGUUGGGGGACAUUUGGACCAUUGCAGUUAGGGGGCAUUAUAAAUAAAGCUGUUAUAAACAUCUCUAUUCAA